UCUUCGUGCUUUUUGUGUGGGCUGUUUGGGUUAGUGUAGCAAAAACAAAACAAAAAAAAUAUUACCUGCCGGGAAACGUUUUUUGUAUUGUGUGCUUGCCAUAAUUAUCGGGUUCAAAUGCUACAAUUUUGAAACUGAUUUAUGUCGUUAUUAAUAGCACAUGACAGUUAUGAUGAAUUAAUUAAUUCAUGUGUUUAAAUUGCUUUCAAUUUGGGUAAAUUGAAAUUGUUUAGAAAGGUAGUUGGGGAAAUCACUUUUUGGAUAUUUCGAUUUGAUUACAAAAAUUGUUUUGGGAAACCCGAGAAAGAAAAAAACCAGGUUCGCAAAAUGAUGCACUAUCGCAAGGCGGAGAAUGUGGAGCAGGAGCUAAGCAAAACGGAUUUACCCUUUGAGAAUUGCAUGCCGAAGACGCACAAGGAUUUUCUAUGGAUGCAUGUCAAGGGCGGCACUAAGGUCAGCAAUGUUAUAGAAUUUGCUCAGGCGGCGCUGGACAAAGGCGAAUAUCGCAGUCUGGUGUGGAGCGGUUCCGGCGGUGGUGUGGUCAAGACCAUAUCCUGUGCCGAGGUGCUCAAGCGCAGUCAUCCGCUGUAUCAAGUCACACGCAUGGGCUACACCAGCGUCGAGGAGCACUGGAAGCCACAAAUGGACGGGCUGGAAGAAAUCAUUGUCACCCGCCAAAUACCCACCCUGCACAUACUCAUGAGCCUGGAUGAGCUGUCCGAUAGCAUCGAGGGACUGCAAAAACCGAAUACGAACAGCGAUUUCUGGCAGUACGAUGAAGCAUCGCCUGCAUCCGCAUCCAGUGCCAAACGCACAAAUAAACGUCCAAGAUUUGCUCGCAAUAAACAACAACAACAACAACAACAGCAGCAGCAGCAGACAACACAAGGCAAACCUGUCGGAGACAACGCUAUUAGCGGUCAGGGAUAAUUACCCACUUGAUCCAAUCAAUAAAACAAACUACAUUUUA